AUGAAAGCUUUUAAGGUUUCCGGCGAGAUUUUUGACGUGGCUGUAGAUUUGCGGCCUGAAUCUUCUACGUUCGGACAAUGGCAUGGCGUCAUCUUGAACAGCACUAAUAAUCAUGCAUUCUGGAUCCCUGAUGGAUUCGGUCACGGAUUCCAGUGCCUAUCCGAGGAGGGAGCUCACGUCGUUUACAAAUGCACAGCUGUGUACGAUCCGAAAUCAGAAUACGGUAUUGAUCCCUUCGAUAAGGAUAUAAACGUGGAAUGGCCGUUGACCGAUAAAGUAAUCGUGAGCGAGCGGGAUAAAUGUCAUCAGAGUUUCAAGGCGUUUAUGACUGGUUCACGAAAAUGA